GCGAGAGUCGUGCCGGGGAGGGGUGCGGCGAGGGCCGCGGAAGGGUUAAGAGGAGCUUUUACUUGACUCACACGUGGGGGCGGAGAAGGGCCAAGCUUAGAACCCAUUUCCUGGCAAAAGAAUCCUUUUACUUCAGUUGGUCUCGGGCUCGGGAAGUCCCUAGGCGCCCGAUCUUCUGGCGCCGGGAGAAAACCAAAAAAAGGAAAAAAAAAAAAAAAAGAAAAAAAAAGAAAAGUAUAGAAAAUCUCCCUCUCUAUCAUUAAUUAUUGUUAUUUAUCUCGCGUGUAAUCCAUUCCUUCCUAGUGCCUCCUCCCUUUCCUGCUUCUCCUCCUCCUGUUGUAACAUGCAAUUAGCGAUCCUGCAGCCACAUUUCCAGGGGUGCUAAAGUUCAUUUCGCUUAUAGCCACCAUGGGGAAUGGGAUGAACAAGAUCCUGCCUGGCCUCUACAUUGGCAAUUUUAAAGAUGCAAGAGAUGCUGAGCAGCUGAGCAAGAAUAAAGUCACACACAUUCUCUCUAUCCAUGAUAGUGCAAGACCUAUGUUGGAAGGAGUUAAGUACCUCUGUAUUCCUGCCGCUGAUUCCCCUUCUCAGAACUUGACAAGACAUUUUAAAGAGAGUAUCAGGUUCAUUCAUGAAUGCCGGCUUAGAGGUGAGGGCUGUCUUGUACACUGCUUGGCUGGUGUUUCCAGAAGUGUGACCUUGGUGGUUGCUUACAUCAUGACGAUUACUGAUUUUGGCUGGGAAGAUGCCCUACACAUGGUUCGGGCAGGAAGGUCUUGUGCCAAUCCCAACUUGGGCUUCCAGAAGCAGCUGCAGGAGUUUGAAAAGAAUGAAGUUCACCAGUUUCGGCAGUGGCUAAAAGACGAGUAUGGGGAAGAUCCUUUGAAGGAUGCAGAAGAAGCCAAAAACAUUCUGGGUAAUUACAAAGAGCAAGCCCGUGCAGAACCACCCCAGCAGAAUCCCAGCGGGAGGCGGUGGAAUAGCUUUUCAACCCUGCCAUCGCUAGCCUGCAAUAACUAUACUACGGAGACCUAACUCAACAGGAUGCAGUCUUCUUCCUCUUCUUCUUCCCACUUGUCUUUCAUAUUUUCUGUAUGCAUUGUGGUAUGCUGGACCCCUUUACAGUACAGAUGGUGUGGGGAUUCGGAGGGCCGCCGGGGUGGCUGGGUGAUGGUGGUGGAGGUCUGAGAGUUGUAGUGGUGAAGGAAUCGGGACUUCUCCUAUGCAGAUCUUCAUGCUCCGAGCUCCCUCUCCUUGCCCUGCCCUUGCAGUCCCUCCCCCAAGCAGCCCCAGCCUUAGCUUGCUUUGCAAAAGGGGUGCUGCUGAGUUACAGUGUCCUACUGUGGAGGGGAGGGGUGUGCUUGCACACACACACAUGUGGGGGUCUGUGUGCACAAAUGUGUCCUUAUAUAUAUAAUGAUUAUACAUAUUAUACAUGUGUGUGUGUGUGUGUGUGUGUGUGUAUAUAUAUAUAUAAUACCACCAGUAUUAGAAUCAUGAGUAGCUUUUUGUGGGUCCAGGCCUCUAUGCACAAAUAUUUAAGCCAUUCAUUAACAAAAAAACUCUGGAAUAAAAUUGCACUGUAUGUGUGUGAGCUGACAUUUAAAAGAACUCAAGGACAUAAAUUGGAGGGCUGGAAGGAGGAGGACUCUUCCCUGGGAAACUAGUUUGGGGUGAUUUGGGGGAAUGUGGUCCUUUGAGAUCGUUCGCUGUCCAAUUAGCCUUGAGCCAGAGGACUCUGGAGGGCCAGGGUUUCUUCCAGGGGACUUUAGAGCUGUCUUCGGAUCAUCUUGGUCUAGUCCAGGUGGGGCUCCCCAUCUUCCUGGGAGGUGAGCAGACUGCUGAGGUCUGCCGGGUGUUGACCACUGGUCACUGUCCCACUCCUUGUCAGCAGGACCACCUCCAAGGUUCCUUCAUGCAUAGAUUUAUUUUUCGCCCCCACUCUGUAAUAGAUUUAUCUCAGGAUUCCUCUGUGUCUGUAGGGAUCUGUGUGUUGUGUCCAAAGAAAGUGUUUAUUAAGCACCUGGACAGUGUUCAUUAAUAAAUGCCUGAGCAUUGAUUAAGCACUUUUGUUUGUACUGUGGACUUGGGAGUUGACCUCAGCUACCUCAUAGAAAAUGGUUGGCUUUUUUGUUGAGGGAUUGCUUCUUUUUAAAAAUUUUAUUUUAUUUUUUUUAACUGAUUUGAACCCUGAUUAGACAUGCUCACUCUUUUUUGGAAGAGAAAUGGAAGGAUUUCAAUGUCCACCCAAGCCAACUGAGAAUUUCUAACUUUGGCUUGAAUACUGAUGCUUCUGAUGGGGCUGAACUUAAGUAUUAAAGCAGAGAACAGCAGUGUAUGGGAGCAGAAGUAUAACUUCUGCCUUGUGUGCACUGGGGAGCAGUAGUAGGUAUUAUUUAUUGGGCUCUGCUGUCUUCCAGGGAGUCUCCACUCCCUUGUGCCAAUUCAGACUUUUUAAGCACGCAGAGCUCCGAGAAUGAAAAAAUGUUCCCGUCCUCUCCCUAAAAAGAUGUUGCGACCCUGUUCCUCUGAAUGCCAUCACAAAAGAACCCCUGAAUAAGAAGAGAAGCAAGCUAUCCAGUGCAUUGUAGGGUCUGUGUUAAAGGUGAGCCAUCUGGGGGCAGGGAAGAGUGGAAUCCUAUAUUUCUAGAUAUAAGCUAUUUUGCCACAAACAUAGUAGUGGAGGAGGGAGAUGCUAUUGAUGUAGUUAUAACUUUGCACUUCAGACAACAACAGCAAAAAAAAUCCCUGCCUUUAAAAGCAUUUUUGUCAAGCCAAAAAGGAAAUUUUAUUUAAGUUAGAGUAUUGAGUUGUUAACUUCUAAGUACAUAAAUAUGUGUGUGUAUAAUUUAGAAUAUUUAAAUAUCAUGCAUAACCCAAAAUGCUGUUUUAAAUAGUGGUUGCCAGUGAUACUCUUUCUCUACAGCAACAGCCGGAGUUCUGAAAUAUUUGACUUUACUGAGAAGACUAGUGGACAGUUGAAGAUGUCUGCUUCUUCCCAUAUUUGCUGGGAGCCAUGUUUGCAUAACUGCAGUUUCUGAGCUUCCUCUCAGUGGACUGAGUUGCACUAUCAAAAGGAAAAAAAAAAGGAAAAUAAAUAAUUGUGAUUGUUUUCUAGAUUUCCAGUUUUAAAUGUCUACUGAUCUUGUUGAGGCUCCUGUCUUUUUUGAUUGAAAUGGGAUGCUCUGUUGUGACGCGAUGUAUGCUUUUAGGAACUGGGGUUACACUGUGGCCAAAAGAAAAUUAUUUGCAUGUUAGAAAUUUGUUUUAGUUGAUUUUUAAAUUUGGAUGACUUGGGGGAGGGGGAGGAGACAACAAUUCAUCAUAUUAGACUAAUUUUUCCCCCGAUCUGGUUUCUGGUGUAAUGCUGAUUGUUCUUAAACUUUAUUUGAAUGGAGAAGUUGGUGACUUCGAGGGGCUUUCAUCCCAUGAGCUCUUUGGCACCUCAGGGGGACACUGUGCAAAGCUUUUCACCCCAUUUGUAUUUUCUCCAUGAUAUAUAUCAUCUGUGACGUGUGUUUAAUCAAAGCUCCAUGUUUUUAUUAAUAAAGACUACCUUUCCUAACUUUA